GUUGUCCGGGAUGUAAUUUCUGUUUUGCCUGGUUGCAACGGAGCGUCAACCGACGGAUCACCACCAUUCUGUAUUGUCAGCUUCUAUCCAACGACUGUCGCUAGUGCGGCUACGCCAGCACCUUCAUGUUCAAUGCAGAAACAAGAUUCUGAUGCGGGUAUCACAUCCGCCUAUUGCCUGUGGCAACGCAAAGUUGUGCUUACAGCUAUUCCAGAUAGUCAAAUCACACCCACGAUAUCUCUUGGCCCAGUCGUCACCGAUAUUCGGUCAUGUCAGAUAUGUACUCCUGUGGAAAAGAACGAGGAUUCCUGCACAACUAUAUCAGGUCGUUGUCCUGAAUCUGCCACUGCUACUGUCCAAGUAGGCAGCUCUCCAGUUCACGUUGGGACUUUGACCGGCACCGCGCUCUAUAGCAUCACAAUCAAGGAUAUUGAUUAUAUUAAUGACGAAGCCUUGGCUCAAGGCGAGCUCAGCGCCAGAGUCGAAGCAAGUCAAUACACCGCCACAUAUUUACGCGACGCAAUGAUUAAUUCUGCCGCUCUAAUGGCCAAUACUUCUGCGACAGGGAACAAUUGUUACAAUGCAACAUAUUACGCCGAAGAAUUACGCAAACGUGCCAUUUGGACUCCAAGGGGAAUUCGUGCCUGGUUUUCCCCAAGCGUUGACGAUAUCGAGCUUUCCAAACGAGAUCAUCCAAAUAGAGUCGAAGAGCGUAUAAGUGUAUGCAAUGCUGCUCAGUUCGCUGGUGCUCAAUACUUUGGGCAAUUUUGGCGAACGGCUCCGCUGCCCGGAGCAAUUGCUUAUAUUGAUGCGAAUUGGGAGUUUACUACCGGGCCUGGGGGAGACUUCAUUUGUGAAUUUUUACAAGAUCUUACAGAUGCUCUUAUUGCCAUUGAACCAGAAUUUGCACCGGGGAAGAUUUAGCUGGGAGAGGAGCUUUAUGCUGUUUGUGAAGCAGCAAUAACUCACA